GGCGUCCAGAAACUCCCAUCAGCUGUUGCGCACAUUCCGGUAAAGGCGCAUAAUCCAGAAGCAGCGCCUUGGGGAAGCCCACUAUAUAAAAGCCGGCAAACUGCAGCUGCUGUUUUCAGAAAACGUUUAGAAUACAAAAGAAAAGCAUCACUGGACUUAAAGAAACACGUGAUUGUAUGUAAAUAAACCGUUAGAACAGGAGAGUCAAUGUUUAUACUGAUAAUUUACAUAAAAUCAAGGUGGUAGUCAACAUUUUGUGCUCUCAACUGAAAACCUUAUUUGAUAUAAAAUCUCGUCAAGGCUGUGGUAGAAUCGUAAAAGUAGCCUACGUUUGCCCUUGGUUGUUCUGGUGAAUUACACAAUGGCGGACGGAGAAUUCUACCCCUUGGGCAACAGGCAGAGGACCUCGAGGGACCCGUUCAGAGACCCGUCACUUGCUUCUCGGUUCAUGGAAGACGACUUUGGGAUGCCACCUUUUUCCGAAGAGCUGUCAAUGGACUGGCCAGGUUGGGCUCGACCCAGACUAAGCACCCGACUGGGCUCUCCCUGGUCCGGCUCCUUGCGGACGGGGUUCCCCCGCACGUCCAGGAGUGGUAGCCCCGGUCCUUCGUUUAGCUCGAUCUACAACGAGCCCCGUAGUUCACCAGUCUGUGUCCCAGGAGAGCCGUGGAAAGUUUGUGUGAAUGUACACAGCUUUAAACCAGAAGAGCUUAACAUUAAAACAAAAGACGGAUUUGUAGAAGUGUCAGGGAAACAUGAGGAAAAACAAGAAGAGGGAAGCAUCGUAACCAAAAACUUCACCAAGAAAAUCCAGAUACCAGCAGACGUGGACCCCAUCUCAGUCUUUGCCUCCUUAUCGCCUGAGGGGGUCCUGAUAAUUGAGGCACACCAGACCCCCCCUUAUUUCCUUUUCAGCAGCGAAUCCCCCAAAGAGCAGGAAGGGCCGCAGCUGAAGCCUCAGGAAUCCCCCAUUGCUUAGAAGCUUUGAGCCUUGCUGGGACACAGGCACACAACACCCCAAAUCGUCUGUGACAUCUAAAGAACGCCCGCCCUGAUUAGAUGAGUACAUGUCCUUUUACAUGGCUCUCAUCUCCUUUGUAAAAGUCCAUUCGGGGACCCCCCCUCAGCCUGGACGAAUGAGGACUUGAGAAACUAGAGAAAGUCAAUCAAAUUUCAGAACCAGAUGGCGGCCUGCCCCAACGGAGCCUUGCUUCCUGGUGGUCAAGACAGAAGAUGUCAAAGACGAAGAAAGUUUGCAGGGAGCAGCCCACCUGGAUAAUCCCAUGAUGUUAAGGGCAGGCCCUAUCGGCCACGCACAAAUAAAUUAGAAAUCUGCUUUUCAGUGUGACGCUGUCCUCUGUAUAAUCACGACCUUCUUCAACAGGUCGCAUGACCCAGAGCUGCCCAUAGGGCCGCUUAAUAGGGUGUUUUCAUUUGCCACCAAGAGUGCCUUAUUAAAUAUGAUGUUUUACUGCCAAAGUUCGCCUGUGUACACUUGUUCAAAGGAAGCAAGCUGAUCAAAUCGAUGUGUAAGUGUACUAACCUCGUCCACUGAUUGGGCUUCUCCAUCACUGAUUUUGAUGGAGAAAUUUUGUGAGAACUAGUAACUACUUUGACAGCGUUUGACAUGAGUGCAACUAUGUUUUUUUGUUUUUUUUUCAAGUGUAAAUAUGUUGUCUUGAGCAAAUCCAAUACAUCAAGUCCAUUCAGUGACAUUAUAGAGGUCUUACAAAAUGGUAUUCUUUGCCUUUUUUUACUGUACAUGUGAUAAUGCUUGUUGUGCAAAAUGAAUACAUUUUUGGCAGGGCUCCAGCAGAUGUCUUUGUGAUGUUUAUGAAAUAAUAAACCCUCCUGAUGCUACUCUG